GCCGUGUUUCUAUAUGGUGGCAGACGCACGCAUCUUUAGGCCGCAAUUGAUAUUCAUGUCUGAUUAUAGUCUCUUUUUGGUAGUAUCUAUUUGUUUGGAAGCUCCAAUUUAAAUUCUCAUUAUUGACUUUGGAGACAUUAAAGUAAUAGUAUCACUUUCUCUAAUCCUCCCAGAUGGUUACACCAUGCUUUCAUGUCAGCUUUCUGUAUAAACCAGUUCUUUUAUUCAGAAAUAUCCCCAACCUUUGGACGUCUUUCUUUCAUAUAUAAAACCUCUCUAACAUUUUGACAAAAAACUCCAAAUCUUUUUUUUGGGGCCAAGAGUUCACUCACAAGAGGAGAAGGCAUGGGUCAGUCAUUUCAAGAUAAGGGGCCAAAUGAACCUUUGCUAGAAUCCGAACCGCCAACGUUGGCGGCGGAGCAAAUAAGCCCUGAACUUGAAGAAAUCCUGUCCGACACAAGCUUGUCACAUCUUCAGCGGUUUGGACGGGCCUCGGUCAUAGAGCUGAGAAAUCUCUUCCGUCUAGCAGCUCCGGCAAUCAUUGUUUACUUGCUUAACAAUACCACUUCCAUGUCUACUCAGAUCUUCUGUGGCCAUCUUGGCAAUCUUGAACUUGCUGCUGCUUCCCUUGGUAAUAGUGGCAUUCAACUUUUGGCCUAUGGCGUCAUGCUAGGAAUGGGAAGUGCAGUUGAAACUUUAUGUGGGCAAGCAUAUGGAGCUCACAAGUAUGAAAUGCUUGGGAUAUAUCUCCAAAGAUCAACCAUUCUUCUUAUGCUUACCGGAAUACCACUUACAGUGGCCUACUUAUUCUCUAAGCCAAUCUUGAUUUUACUAGGACAAUCCAAGAAAUUAGCAUCUGCAGCAGCACUAUUUGUCUAUGGUCUAAUUCCCCAAAUUUUUGCUUAUGCUGCCAAUUUUCCAAUCCAAAAAUUCUUGCAAGCUCAAAGCAUUGUCAAUCCUAGUGCAUAUAUAGCAGCUGUGACAUUAGUUUUUCACCUUUUCUUAACAUGGCUUGUGCUUUAUGUAUUUGAUUGGGGAUUGUUUGGAGGAGCUUUGGUUUUGAGUAUUUCAUGGUGGAUAGUUGUGAUUGCGCAAUUUGUAUAUAUUUUGUGGACUGAUCGAUGUAAGAAAACAUGGAAUGGAUUUAGCCUGCAAGCAUUUUUUGGAAUGUGGGAUUUCUUCAAAUUGUCUCUUGCUUCAGCCGUGAUGUUGUGUCUCGAGACUUGGUACUUUCAAAUUUUAAUUUUAAUUGCUGGUUUGCUUCCAAAUCCUGAGGUAGCAUUGGACUCUCUAGCUGUUUGUACGACAAUUCUAGGGUGGGUAUUCAUGAUUUCUCUUGGCUUCAAUGCAGCAGCAAGUGUGAGAGUGAGCAAUGAGCUAGGAGCUGGACAUCCAAAAUCAGCAGCAUUUUCUGUUGUGGUGGUGACAUUGAGUUCCUUUGUCAUUUCUGUAAUCUUUGCAAUUCUGGUGUUAUUACUGCGGCAUGUGAUGAGCUAUGCCUUCACGAGCGGAGAAACCAUAGCAGAAGCAGCCUCUGAUCUUGCUCCGCUCUUGGCUCUAUCUCUCAUACUCAAUGGUAUUCAACCUGUUUUAUCUGGAGGAGGGCACGAAAGAAAACAGAGAGAGCUAAGAAAGAUGGCAGCAACUGUUGCGCAUAGAUGGUAGUGAUGCAGCUCUCGCUACAGCAUCCCGGUCAACGCCAUCCUUAGCUCUUCCACCUGUAGCUCAUCUUUGUUAAUAUCAUUAAACCAGAUCCAAAGUCCUCGAUAAGAACACCCCAAACAGUCAUUAAAACCAUACACGAAAAUAGCCAUUGCCGAGGUCGGUUGCGGUGGUAUUCCGUUCCGAUCGAGUCGAGUUCGCGGUUUGGAGGUUUUUCCGGUCGCGGUCCAGAUCGUUUUUCUUUUCAAGUUCCGUUAUCAAUUUUUGGAUUUUGAUUCCAUCUCACAGCUGCUUUGUUAGAGAUUUGAUUUGGAUAUUCUUCUUAAAUACAAAGGUCCGAUUCUUUCCUAUCUUUUGGGUAUUAAAUUCUUGAAUUCUCUUAUUUUAAUUAGUUCCAUGUUUACGGUAGUUAGGCGUGAGUUUUUGUUUUAUCCUAUUACUGUUCAAUUCAUGGAUACUAAGAUUUUCAUUUGGAUAAUAAGUUUGUGCUUGUAUGACUGAAGUAACUGAUUCAUGAGUUCAAUUUUAAUUUGAUAAUUUAGUUCUUUA